GCGGUGAUUGGUCGGCUAGGCUUAAACCGUGCGGGUGCCGGCGCUGAUUGGUCGUCGCCGCUAGGUGGGCGGAGCGAAGCGGGAGAGCGGGAAGACGCGGCGGCGAUGGCGGCGCGGCUGGAGCGCGCGAGGGGGGCGCUGGCAGCGCUCGAGGCUGCUCUGGCCUUGGAGGAGGAGGAGGGUGAUGUCCCCACCCGGGUCCUGAUGGAACAUCAGAUGGACACCCGGCGGAAGCAGAAGCUGCUCCUGUCCCAGCUCCGGGUGCUGAAGCUGCUCCUGGGGGUCAUCGAGAACCCGGGGCUGCUCCCGUCUGCCACCAACCUGCGCGAGGCAGCGGCGCAGGCUCGGAGGCGCUGGCGGGAGCUGAAGGCGAGGUAUGGGGAGGCUCUGGGGGCCCUGGAGGAGGCUGUGCCCCCCACCCUGGCCCAGCUACACCGGGGCCAGCAGCUGCUGCACCGUGGGAGGACAACCCUGGGGGCACGGCUGAAUCAGCAAGAAGAGCUGAAGGUGAAGGUGCAUGAGGCCACAGAGAGACGGGACCAGUCUGGGGUCUUUUUCUCCCCAAAUUUGGGGGUGGGGGCCUCGUGCCACCUGUACCAGGCUCUGGCAGGGGUCCAGGUGCUGCCCCCCUCCCCAGGGACCCCCGAGUUGGAGCUGGAGCUGGGACCCCCUCCCAGCUCCUCGCAUUCCCUGCCCCCCCUUCACCUGUGCCUCACCCCCAGCGGGGGGGUCCGACUGCAGGAACCCCCCCUGGGGCUGUCCCCUCCCCUGGGCCCGGGACUGCUGGAGCUGCAGCAGCGCUGCUGGGACAGCUGGAGCCUCUGGGCAGAGGUGACACACCUGAGAACCAGGUUCGCCCUGGACUGGCAGCCGGAGUUGGGGCUCCUGCAGGUCCUGGGGGGCCCCCGGGGUGCCCAGACCCUCUGGACGCUGCAGCUGGAGCCAGGGUACCCCCAGAGCGGGGGGGUGCGACUGCUGCCCCCACCAAAGGGGGCCCCCCCCAUCCCUGCACCCCCAAACCCUCCAACUCUGACACGGUGGCUGGAGCUGCUGGUGGGGGGGGUCCCUGAAAACGGGGGAUCCCCCUCUAUCCCCCCCCCAUAAAAAACCCCACUGCACCCCAAUAAACUCACGGCCAC